ACCAAGAGAAGCCAAAGAGGCGAAGAAGAAGAAGAAGUAGUGGUUCUUCGACUCGGAGACUGGAGAAUUGGGGCGAAACCCUACCGGAGCUAGAAGAAGAAGAUGAGCGCAAUGAAGGGACCACUGGAAAGGCUUCACCUGAGUGAAAGCCCCCACCAGUCAUCGUUCACCAAUUCCGAUCCAGCUCGAUUCCAGUCCCUUCUCGACUCCGGUCUUCCUUCUUCUUCGGCUCUCGGUGCUGACGUGGAUCCCAGCUCGGAUGACAAGGACGGCAUUCUCAGCCAGGACUUCUUCUGCACUCCAGAUUACAUAACCCCGGAAAAUCAGAACACAUUCAAUGGAUUCGAUUGCACUAAGGAAAACAUCCCUUGCCCCAAAUCUCCGGAGAAGACUACAGCAAAAUGCAAGAGGCGUCGACAGGGACAUUAUGUUAUCUCGUCGAAUCUUAGCCCCACUUUGUUUGGGAACCAGGAGCUGGGGAAAGAUGCGGUUGGGAUAGAAGAUAUUGAGAUAGGGAACACAUCAUUAACUGAAGUAAAGAAGACAAUGAAUUAUGUUUCUCAAUCUGCGGUUGCUUUACGCUGCCGGGUUAUGCCACCUCCGUGCUUGAAGAAUCCAUAUUUGAAGGAUGCUUCACAGAUGGAGAUUGAUCCCUUUGGCAACCAAAGAUCAAAAUGUGCAGCUUUUUUACCUGCAAUGAAGGACGGAAAUGGCCUUUCACGUUAUCGUGCUGAUUUUCAUGAGAUUGAGCAAAUCGGGGUGGGGAACUUCAGCCAUGUUUUUAAAGUCUUGAAUCGAAUUGAUGGUUGCUUGUAUGCUGUGAAGCAAAGCAUUAGGCAAUUGCAUCUGGACACAGAAAGGAGAAAAGCUUUGAUGGAAGUUCAAUGCUUAGCAGCUCUGGGAUCCCAUGCAAAUGUUGUUGGGUACUGUACUUCUUGGUUUGAAAAUGAGAAGCUCUACAUCCAGAUGGAGCUAUGUGAUCACAGCUUAUGUGUAAACAAUUUAUCCAGAAAUUUCACAGAGGGAGAGGUUUUGGUAGCCUUGUAUCAGAUUGCAAAAGCCUUGCAGUUUAUGCACGAGAGAGGAAUAGCUCACUUAGAUGUAAAACCAGAUAACAUAUAUGUGAAAAAUGGUAUUUAUAAGCUUGGUGAUUUUGGAUGUGCAACUCUACUUGAUAAAAGCCUACCAAUUGAAGAGGGUGACGCUCGCUAUAUGCCUUCAGAGAUUCUGAAUGAGAUCCAUGACAAUCUUGACAAGGCUGAUAUAUUCUCAUUGGGAGUUGCUAUCUAUGAGCUUAUUAGAGGUUCACCUUUACCAGUAGAUGGACCUCAAACCUUUAAUCUUAAGAAGGGAAAAUUGCCACUGCUUCCUAGUUACUCCCUUCAGUUUCAGAACUUACUCAAGGCCAUGUUGGAUCCAAAUCCAAACUGGAGGCCAUCAGCUAAAGGGUUGGUAGAAAAUGCAAUUUUCCACAGGGUCCGGGAACAUGCAAGGGCAUAGGAGAACCAAAAUUGCAGAUUGAAGACGGCAUAGUACGUGUAAUCCUUUUGUGACAGCCAGCCCAGUAGAAUAGGCACUGAAGUGAAUGACCAAUUUUUGUAUCUACAAGCCCCCCUCAAGUAUUGAUAUGCACCAAAUUUAUUCCUAAUUUGGUGCCUCUUUUAUGAUACUGAGGAGUGAGGAUUUCUUGGUCAUGUACCCAACUUUAUGUGCUGAUAAUGGAAAAAUCUCAAGUCCUUUUCUGGGUGCCUUAUCUCUAA